ACACUCUUUGUGAUAUUCUUGAAGGGUUUUUUUUUUUUUUUUUUAAAUUUUUAUGUUUGAGUAUAUUCAAGAAACUAUCAAAGAUCAUCAAAGAUUUUGACUUAUGGUGGUUGCAUUCAUGGGUUGUGUUAUCUGUAUGUUACAUAUACUUUCUUGAUGGUUCUUGAUCAACUCUAAGCUGGGCAUUGAUCAAACAGUUUGUUCUGAGUUGUCAUUUUGAGCUUCUAUGACUAGUUGUGAAUUGUGAUUAGUGAUUACUCUUGAGAGUUAAGUGUUUUUUCUUUUUUUAUGUUUUUGUUGUGUUAAUUUGUAUAUUAGAGAGGACAGUUUGCAGGGAGAUAGGUUGGCUUGUGGUUCAAUCAUGGGGGUUGGUAAAUUUCCGGGACAGGAGAGGAGUGUGGCUGAAUCUUCGGUUUUGCUUGAAUUAGCUGCGUCAGAUGACUUGAUUGGUUUUAGGACGGUGGUGGAAGAAGGUGUUGAUGUUGAUGGGGGUGGACUUUGGUAUGGAAGAAGGUUAGGCUCGAAGAAAAUAGGGCUGGAGGAGAGGACACCGCUUAUGGUUGCUUCCAUGUUUGGCAGCAAACAGGUCUUAAUAUAUAUACUUGAAACAGGCAAUGUUAAUGUUAAUAGAGCUUGUGGUUCUGAUGCUGCGACUGCCCUUCAUUGUGCUGUUGUUGGUGGAUCUGCUAAUGUGGUUGAGGUUGUCAGCCUCUUGCUUGAUGCAUCUGCCAAUGUAAACUGUUUUGAUGUUGGGGGAAAUAGGCCUUUCGACCUGAUUAUACCCUUUGUCAGCUCUUUGUAUGAUUCGAGAAAGAAGGUGUUGCAGCUCAUGCUAAAUGGCUACCCUGGUUUUGAUAAGGCUUGUAAUUUGAGUAAUAAGAUUACUGAAGACAUCAGAGAGGGAAGAGAUUAUUUUGUUGAUUUUUCGCUUCCAGGCAUAAAUAAUAAGAUGUACGUGUCGGAUGAGUUUAGAAUGUAUACGUUCAAGAUAAAGCCUUGUUUGAGAGCUUACUCUCAUGACUGGACAGAGUGUCCAUUUGCCCACCCUGGUGAAUAUGCAAAGAGGCGUGAUCCACGCACGUUCCAUUAUAGUUGUGUUCCUUGUCCUGAGUUCCGAAAGGGGACUUGUCCCCAGAGAGACACUUGUAUGUAUGCACAUGGAAUUUUUGAGUGCUGGCUUCAUCCUGCCCAGUAUCGUACCCGUCUGUGCAAGGAUAAGAUUGGUUGUAACCGUAAAGUCUGCUUCUUUGCACAUAAACAUGAAGAGCUUCGUCCUUCAUAUACAUCCACAGGGUCUGGUGUGCCUUCACGUAGAUCAUUUAGGGCCAAUUCCUCAGAUUUUUCGACAAUGAGCCCACUUACCAUUGGUUCGCCAUCUGUUAUGAUUCCCCCUUCUGGUCAAUCUACUCCAAUGGAUGGAUCAAUGGGGCCAAUCCAGUGUAACUUUGCCUCCCCAAACCUCGGUCUCUCUGGCAGCAGACUGAGAACUACUUUAAGUGCUAAGGAUAUGAAAUUGGAAGCUAAACGUUUUGGUAAAGAGGGUCAUCGUCGCCACCAACAGCAACUCCUGGAUGAACUAUUCGGUCUCUGUUCUCUAGCCUCUUGGAACAAUCCCUUCUCUAGUUGUGCAACUGAGGAGCCUAGCAGAUUUUUGGGAUUGAAGCUGACUAAGAUGGAUGAUGUUUUUAAGUCUCAUGAUCCUGCAAUUAUGUCUUACUCAAAGGGACACUCCGUUGAUGCAGGGACACCCCAGUUACAUUGUUUUGAUGGGAUAUCAUUGCCCUCCUUUAAUAGUGACCGUGAUUCUUGGUCUAACUUCAAGAAUUUCCCAGCAACAAAAACUGAUCACUAGGGCAUUGAGGAGUAGCAGUGUCAUUAUAAGACUGGAGGUUCAGAGAUGCUUCCACAAUGGGUAGAGCACUUUUAUAUGGAGCAAGAGCAGUCAGUGACGCGACGCAACUUUGAGCCUUUUUAUGUUACAGAGGUCUCCUCCGAUUUUAUCAAUAUUUUUCCAUCAGAUUUUGCUUAUAAAUUUUAAGAGUGCAGAUUAUAUACUUAUGGUUAUGAUUCUCAUAUUUUGUUGCAUGAUGGUGGUAAGGUGGGUACUUAUGUGUGUAUGUAUGUGAAUUUUUCGAUUGCUUAGACAAUGAAG